ACUCCUCCGUGAGUGUGUAGUACGUACUUUGUGACAUUGUAACAGUGUAGGUACAUCGUUAUUCGUUAGUAAUAAUAAUUUAACCUCAGUACGUUUUACUGGAGCUCAACAUAUUUCCGUGCAGUAGACUGCACUCGCCGCACCGGAAGUUUCUUGGCUAUUCAGCAGAAAACCAUCCUUCCGACAUGACAACGGCUGCAGACAAACGUGCUGGCACGCGUGCGACUGCAGUGCAGCCGUCGUUGUCGGACGCCGGCUGCAGCGAAUCUGCGGCUGAAAUGAGCCGCAAGUACCAAACGGCAUUCCAAUCGUUCUCCAUCGAAUCUUUGAUCGGCAGCGGCGGCGGCAGCGGCAGCGAGACUCCUCCGCCGGCCGCCGACGCGAACAUUUCGCCGCCGCCGUACUACUUGGACGCGGCAGCGACGCAGCCACAGCAACGGUCAGCGUUGGAACCGUCGUCGCCGAUGUUGAAUUUCGAUUAUCUGAGCGUGUUGCGAUUGCAGUCGGCCGCAGCGGCCGCCGCGGCCGCCGUCGGGAAAUCGUUCGGGCCACGGUCACUGUGGCCGUACCUGAGCGACGCGGUCGCGUUUCCCGGGGCGCCGCCGCCACCGCCGCCGCCGCUGUGUUACCACGAUUACCAUCGGCGGCAAUUACUGCGCAGCGUCGUCAACCGGACGACGUCUCCGCCGCCGCCGCUUUUCGGAAGCGACGGCGCCAUCGACGACGACGCGGACUCGGGUGACCCCGGAAAUCAUGAAUUGUCAAACGCCUGCACGUCGGCUGUCGCCGGCGGAGGACCGGAAGGCGGUGGCGGCUAUGACGAAGACGAAGACGACGACGACGACAACGGCGGCAGCGGUGGCGGCUGUGCGAGAGACAAUGGCCGGGACGUUGACGACGAGGACGACGACGAAGACGACGUUGACGAAGACCCGCGAUUCGGAAAAUGCCUAAAUGAUAGAGGAGUUUUGCAAACAAGACAUAAUACAACUGCGCAGUCUUCAAAUGAAAACAAGUCUCGCCGAAGAAGAACAGCAUUCACGAGUGGUCAACUUUUAGAAUUGGAGCGGGAAUUCCAGGCUAAAAAAUACCUAAGCUUAACUGAGAGAUCCGAAAUUGCAAAUUCAUUAAAGCUUAGUGAAGUUCAGGUGAAGAUAUGGUUUCAAAACCGACGAGCGAAAUGGAAACGAGUCAAGGCCAGCUUGUUGUCCGGAAACGCGUGCGGAAACGAUGGUCAAAAGAGCAAUGCGAGCAUGAACGCGAUGCGUGGUCGAUCGAAGUGUCCAAACGGCGUCGUCAGCGGCGGGGCUGGAAAAAUCGUUGUGCCCAUACCAGUGCACGUCAAUCGUUUCGUGGUGCGGAGCCGACACCAACAGCUGGAGAAAUGUGCUUCGGGAUUUGCGCAUCUCCGGCGCGAAAGUGAUGCGGAUUUCAAAAUUAAAAGCCGGAUGCAGUUGUAUACGUCCGCCAUUCUGUAGUCGGGUCCUGGCCGUGGAUAUCGAGAUCGACAUUUAAACAGACACGUUAUACUGCAGGUGUACAUAAUGAAUUAUAGAUUAUAACAAAGCGCGAACUUUGGAAAGAAACGAAAAAUAAAUAAUAAUAAUAAAUACAAAUCUCGACGUAAGAUAAGAACAUAGGUACACCUAACCUAUACGUAGGUAUACAAGUUAUUUCGGGCAGUGUCAUUUCAGAUGAUUUUAACAUAGGUUAGUACUUGGUGCCUUUUUCAAACUUAGGCAUACUAAUAUAUAAUUUUAGAAAUAUUAUAGUUAGGCACCUACCUUGCUAUUUUCAAUUUGUGCACAUAUUUUUAUUACAGUCAACAAGAAAUAUACAGUUCUUACGAAUACACAUCAGAACUGUGUAAAUAUGUUUAUUAUAUUUUAAUUUAUACAUUUUAAGUGAUUUUAAACAUUCCAAUAACAGUUUAUAGGUAAGUACCUUUAUGUUAUAAAUUAUAAUACAACAAUUAAAAUAUAAAAACAAAUCUUAAAAAUUAGCCUUGUCAAUGAAUCAGAUCUGUUUAAUAAUAUUGAAAUCCUCCUCAACCUAAGUUACUUUUUUUUUGCAACUGCAGUUUUAAGUAACCACGCCAUAUCGGCAUGGCGUAUUGUCUUGAUUUUGUAGAAACGCUAAGUAUAGCAAAUUAGCAUUAUUUGCAUUCAGAAGAACCAAUUUUGUGUUAACUCUUCAAUUGUUAUAAAUAUUAGAGUUAAUUGAACUUAUUGUAUCGAACUUAAAUUUAAGGACGUUAUUUAUGUCUGUACGGACUUUAAGUAGGUAUACGUUGAUUUUAUACGAUGUUUAACUUUUAAACGUGUAUUAGCCAUUAGGUAUAAGUCUUUUUUUUAUUUUACAUAAAUACUCUCAACUCAAAAAUUAAAAUAUCAUAAAAACCUAUCGCACAAAUAAUGUUCUUAUCUAUAAUAGCUUAAUUCGCUCUGGUAUUUAAAAAUAUAACUCAACAUUAGUUUUAUUGAUGGUAAAUUUUUGGUUUGUUUAUAGUCAUACUUAGUUUAUACUUUUAUUUAUAAAUAAAGUACCUACUAGUAUUGAUAAUCAACGGUUAUACCACUUAUACCUACAUUUGUAAGCCGAAACAACAUACCUAUAUGUGAGUGAUUUACGUCCAUUAACUAAUUAACUGUUUAUUUCUUUUUACAUUGACUGUUGUGAUUGUUUUUUAUACAAUUAUGUAGCAUAUUUUCUUUUAUUUACAAUUCGAAAGAUUCGAUUUACACUGGUAACGUAAUAUAGGCAAUAUUUUCUUUACUCAUUUCGUAGUUUUAUAUUAUUACAUUUUAGUUAAUGUUGACAGUUAAAUGUCAUGGCAUGUACUCCCAAAAGAAUAAAUUUUGAAAUAAGUUUUUGCUUCCUCACGAUGUGUACCUUUUUUUAUUAUUAUUUUAUUAUGACUGGAGCAUAGUUUUCUUUGAAUACUAGAAAGUAGGUGCUCUUAAACUCUUAAUAUAAAGAAUUUCUACAACAUUCAAAAUAUCAAAGAGUUUGAGGUUAACGAAUUUAAUUUAUAUCAUAAUAUUAUCAUCACUUUGAAAGUUUGAAUCCCUGGAUGGACCAGAUAUGAAGUUAAAAUAUUACAGAAUAUAGGAAUUCGUACUGUAUAAUUAACUAUUAAAUUAAGUUUACUUUAUAUAUACGUGUUUAUUAUAUAUUUUUACCUAUGUAUUUAUUAGUUAUUAACAUUACAUUGACAGUCAUUGUGAUUUGUACUUGUAAAAAAUAUAAAUUCUUACACUUUUAAUUUAGGUAGGUACUAGGUAAUACAUUUUUACAAAUAGAACAGGUUAUUUUUUGAUGAAAUAUAUCAUUAAAAAAAUGUAAAUAGUAUUUUUGUGAUUAGCUUAAAAUAUUGUAGACGAAUGUAAAAACGAAAAUUUUAUUGACCGGUUAUAUUCAAUACAAUCUACCAAAACGCGUACUUUGUACCUACCUUAUACUUACCUAUGUACUCAUAUAAAUAAUUAAUAUAUUUUAUAAAAUACACAUUAUGUUUAAAGUACACAAAUAUUUUUAUAAUCAUGUACUCUUUUUUUUAAAACAAAAUAAUGGCAUGCGAUAUUGUAAAUAUUAAUCAUUUAGGUAAUUGACUAUAAUCUUUUUAGUCUUGAGUAUCUUCUAUAUAUUAUAUAAAAUAGAUUUUAAUAAAUUAUGAAAUAUUAACUAUUAUAUAUAGUUCUGUGUAUAAACAUUGUAAAU